AUGUUGAAGCCCUGGUGCUCUCCAGCCAUGAACCAGCCCUACCCUCUUACUAAGGAGCAGGUUCGCCUGCUUCUUCUUUAUGACUUCCGAAUCAAGAAGAAGGCAGCCAAUUCCAUCGCUGACAUCAAUACCGCGUUUGGCCCGGACACUGUGUCCAAGAGCACUGCCUAUGAUUGGUACAGUCGCUUCCAGAAAGGAAAUGAAAGCCUGGAAGACCAGCCACGCACCGGUCGUCCUUCGGAGAUGGCCUGCCAGUGCCUAGAGCACUUACUAUCCCUAACCCCAAAGGAGAAGGAAAGUCUCCAAUCUAAAGUUCUGCCCGAUGAAAGCAUUCGGAAAGAGAUAUUGCUGAAAACCCUCCAUUCAAGUCCAUCUGGUUUUCAGAAAGGUGACACUCUGGUGGAAUCUGUUGUUGUUGAAGGAAUCUCCAUCCAUCAGCAUUUUAAGAAGGAUGAAAGAAAAUUGGAAUUGCUGGGAAUGGUGUUGGUGCCUUCCUGCCAGAAGGCUCUUCAAGGUUUGGCCUUGUCUGUGGCAUCAUCUUCUCCUGCACUUCUUAGUGGUCCUGUUGGAUGUGGGAAGACCAGUCUCCUUCAAUAUCUUGCUGCUUGUGCUGGCAUGGAAGUGCUUAGUGUGCAAUUGAGUGAAGAAACAGAUUCCAAGUUGCUCCUGGGCACCUAUCAGGCCACAAAUGUUCCUGGGAAGUUUGUCUGGACAAUGGGGAUUCUCACAAAGGCAGUGGUGGAAGGAAGGUGGUUGAUCCUGGAAGAUGUGGACCGGGCUUCAUCUGAUGUCCAUGCCACACUGCGUAAACUCCUUGAAUCGCGCACCCUUACUCUCCCUGGCAUAGGAGACUCCAUUCUGGCCUCACCUAGAUUUAGGCUCUUUGCAACUCAAAGGGGAGGCAGUCUGUCCAUGCAGACUCUGAGUCCUUCUUGGAUGACUAUUCAGCAAUUGUGGAACAAAGUCAGCUUGGAAGUAGCCUCCAGGGAUGAACUGGGAGUUAUUGUUGCUAAGAGAUGGCCGGUGCUUGGGUUGAUCAUUGAGAAGAUCUUGGAUGUGUUUGAAUUGGUCAGCAAAGAGAAUCCCCUCAAGUGGCGACCUGUAUCACUUCGUGAUCUCACAAAGUGGUGUGACCGUGUGGCACGAGACUUUGACCCAGCAUCAACAGCUUGCAACCUGAAAGCAUUCCAGGACUCUCUUCAAUGCUUCUGCUUCUCCAUUCCAGAUAUUGACAAAAGAGUGGAGAUGGCAGAGCAGGUGGGAUCCUUCUUCAACAUUCUGAAGGAAAUGGCCAAUUUCUACUGUUUGAAGCACAAGCCUGAUGUCCAUUGGACCAGAGAAAGGCUUUGCAUUGGUCGGGCCAUCCUUCCCAUUUCAAAAGACUUGGGAUCCCAAGCUAGAUCAUGGAAGUUCUCAAUGACACAGAAGGCUGCUCUCCUUCUUGAGAGUCUUGGAGUGGUGGUGCUGGAGGUGGAACCAGUGUUGUUAGUUGGAGAGACUGGAGUGGGGAAGACAGCUGCUAUACAGUUUCUUGCCCACCAGCUAGGCCAUCCUCUCCAUAUCAUCAAUAUGAAUCAGCAGAGCGAUGUUGCUGAUCUUCUUGGAGGGUACAAGCCAGUGGAGGUGCGGCACAUCAUUCGGCCACUAAAGGAAGACUUUGAACGGCUCUUUGCAGCUACAUUCUCUCUGGCUCAAAAUGAAAAGUUCCUCUCUCAUGUUGCAGCAUCUUUCAUGAAUGGUCGCUGGAAGGACCUGCUGACCCUGAUGGCCCACAGUCAGGUGGGUGCAUUAACCAAGUUAACAGGCAGCAAGAAUGAACACCUGUCAAGGGAAUGGCGAGAGCUGGGAGCUCAAAUCCAGGAAGUGAGGGAGCAGCUCUCUCAUCUUGGUUCCUCCUUGGCUUUCUCUUUUGUUGAGGGAAGUCUUGUACGUGCACUCAAGCAAGGGGAAUGGAUUCUCCUGGACGAAUUAAAUUUGGCCACUCCUGAGACCCUGGACUGCCUGAGUGGAAUACUGGAAGCAGGGCCAAAUGGCUCAACCAUCCUAUUGGAAAAAGGGGAUACUGAACCCCUCAAGAAACAUCCAAAUUUCAGGCUCUUUGCCUGCAUGAAUCCUGCAACUGAUGUUGGAAAAAAAGAGCUCCCUUUGGGCAUCCGGAACAGGUUCACAGAAAUAUUUGUCGAUGAGCUGGUUGACCCAGUUGAUUUGAAGCUUCUGGUUGGAGACUACCUUCGCAACUUGGGCCUAACAAUGCAACAAAUCGAAGGUGUUGUCUCAUUCUACCUCAGCAUAAGACAAGAGGUGGCACAGCGCCUUGUGGAUGGCACUGGUCACCGUCCACAUUACAGUCUGCGAACGCUGUGCCGGUCAUUGCGUGUUGCCCGCUCAAAUCCUUGUGGGAGUGUGGCCCGAUCCUUAUUUGAAGCCUUCUGCUUGGGCUUCUUAACCCAACUGGAUUCUCAGUCUCAAGUUUGUGUGGAGAACAUGAUAACAAAACACAUUCUUGGGAAGAAGAAUGUGAAGGGUACACUGGGAAAGGCGAUCCCCCAUCCAUCAGACUCUACUUCCAAAUACAUCCAGGUUGAAGGUUACUGGAUUCCGCAGGGAGCAACUGAAUUGCUCUGUCCCAGAGAUUAUAUCCUGACAAAGACAGUGAGAGGAAACCUGAAACGGCUUGCCCGCAUUGUAUCACUUGGUCAUCUCCCAGUCCUUCUGCAGGGAGAGACCUCUGUGGGGAAGACCAGUCUCAUCUCAUACCUUGCAAAAAUCACAGGCAAUGUGUGCAUCCGGAUCAACAACCAUGAGCAUACUGACAUUCAGGAGUACAUUGGGUCCUAUGUCUCAGAUGAAACUGGGAAGCUUGUCUUCUGUGAUGGUGCACUGGUGAAAGCACUCAGAAGAGGGGACUGGAUCAUCCUAGAUGAAUUGAAUUUGGCUCCAACAGAAGUGCUCGAAGCACUUAAUCGCCUUUUGGAUGACAAUCAUGAACUGUUUGUCCCUGAAACCCAGGAGACUGUCAAGGCACAUCCCAGAUUUCUCCUCUUUGCCACCCAGAAUCCACCUGGCCUUUAUGGUGGUAGGAAGGUUCUUUCCCGAGCAUUUCGAAAUCGCUUUAUUGAGCUGCAUUUUGGGGAGAUUCCAUCAACUGAAUUGGAAGUGAUUCUUCAUCAGCGAUGUAGUCUACCUCAAUCUUACUGCAAGAAAUUGAUCAACAUCAUGCAUGAACUUCAGCUGGUGAGGAGGGGAUCUGGUGUGUUCUGUGGGAAGGCAGGCUUCAUGACUCUAAGAGACCUAUUCCGCUGGGCUGAGCGUUACCGCCUGGCCGAUGACCCUGGGUCCACAUUCUUUGACUGGGACCAGCUUCUUGCAGAUGAAGGUUACUUGCUGCUUGCAGGGCGGAUGCGUCGUGCUGAGGAGGCUGAAACCAUUGCCCAGGUCCUUCAGAAGCACUUCAAGAGGACAGUAGAUCCAAGCCGACUUUUCUCUUAUUCUGAGAUGACUUCCCCUGUCACCAAGCCAAUCCUUGAGAUGCUGCAGCAGAAGCAAUUCCCUGCAUUUGGGCACAUUGUCUGGACCUAUCAGUCAAGGCGUCUGGCUGUCCUUACUGCCCAAGCCUUGAAGUACAAGGAGCCAGUAUUGCUAGUUGGUGGAACAGGAUGUGGCAAGACAACUAUUGUGCAAUACCUGGCUACAGUCACAGCCCACCACCUUCAUUCUAUCAACUGCCACAUGCAUUCUGAGAGUGCUGACUUCAUUGGGGGAUUGAGACCUGUUCGAUCCCAUCAUCCUGGAGAUGAUAGACUGUUUGAGUGGGCUGAGGGACCUUUGGUGAAGGCCAUGAAAGAUGGAUGUUACUUCCUGGUCGAUGAGAUUUCUCUGGCUGAUGAUAGUGUCCUAGAAAGGCUCAACUCUGUCCUUGAGCCCGAAAGGCGAUUGCUGAUAUCAGAGAAAGCUACUGAUGGAAUAGGUGGAGAAGCUGAGUCCCUGAUGGCAAAAGAGGGAUUCCGUAUCAUUGGUACCAUGAAUCCGGGGGGAGACUUUGGCAAGAAAGAGCUCUCUCCAGCAUUGCGGAACCGCUUCACAGAGAUCUGGGCUGAGGAGAUUCGAGAGCACAACGACUUGAUGGCCAUCAUUGAACACAACGUGAAGAAGGGGAUCUCAUUUGGGAACCAGGAAGAUGGAUCCACAGGAUUUGGCUCUGCCAUGAUGGACUUUCUCUGCCAUCUUCAGUCCUCUCCUUUGGGAACAAGAUACACAGUCAGUGUGCGGGAUAUCCUGUCAUGGGUCAACUUUGUGAACAUUUACAUGGGGGUGGGGGACAAGAGCAUUGCCCUUGCAUAUGUGCAUGGUGCAUGCCUUGUCUUCAUUGAUGCUCUUGGAUCUGGCAACACUGCAUCCAUGCGGACUGAGGAGAUUGCCAUUCAGCGUGAAGACUGGCUGGCAUUUCUGAAUAAUCAGGUGAUGGAUCGAAUUGGGGUCUCAGUUGACAUUUCAGCAAAGCAAGAGCUUAUGUCUUCACCAUGUCUCUUUGGAUACCCUAGCUUCUGUAUUGACCGAGGACCAAGAGGAGAAAAGAGCUUGGCAGGAUGGUACACACUUCAGGCUCCCACCCCCUGUCAAAAUACCCUGAGGGUGUUAAGGGCAAUGCAGCUGAGGAAGCCCAUCCUCCUGGAAGGAAGUCCUGGAGUUGGAAAGACAAGUCUUGUCACAGCACUAGCCCAGGCUUCUGGUUGGGAUGUUGUCCGCAUCAACCUCUCUGAACAGACUGAUAUCUCAGACCUGUUUGGGGCUGAUCUUCCUGUGGAAGGAGGGCGCCCUGGUGACUUUGCAUGGAAAGAUGGUCCCUUGCUCCUUGCUCUUAAAGAAUCUAAGUGGAUACUUCUGGAUGAGGAAGGGAAACUGAAAAAGGGCGAGAUUUCCACGAAGUAUGACAUCCCACCAUUGACGCUCUCUUCCAUUGUUGGCACUAAAGAAAAGAUUCGCAAGGAAUUCUUCAAUGCCAGCUUUGCUCCAGGAAGAAAGAAGUUGAGAGGUGCAAAAUACGGUGACAUUGAAGAAGCUUUAUUUGAGUGGUUCCAGCAAGUACGUGCCUACAACAUUGCCCUUGAUGGGAACACCAUUUGGCAGAAAGCCGCAGAACUGGCGAAGGUAUUGGGGAUCGAGAACUUUGAAUGCUCUUCUGGUUGGCUCUCUCGCUUCAAGGACAGACAUGGAAUCGUGUUCAAGAAAUGCGCAGAUUCUCACGUUUACCUUUCUACAGCGGGCUUCUGCCAUGGCGAAUCUACACAGGAGGAAACUGAUGUUGCUCCUCCAAUGGAGAGCGAUGACGCCUGGGAGGAAAUUGCUUCUCAGUUGCAAGUGGGCUGUGAAUUCACACAGUUCGUGAAUAUUGACGAGGACGUUCCCACGUGCGAGCCGCUUCCCAAUCCUGCUAUGUGUGCAGAAGCUCAUGGAGUAAUGGAGUUAGAAGAUGCUGCCAAUGAGCAGGAAUUGGAAGAACAACCAGCAUACCCAAGUCACGGGAUGCUAUGGAAGCAUGACCAAGUGAUUGUUGCUGCUCUGGAGACCCACGAAGGUUCUUGUGUUCUCUGCAUGAAAGGGAUAAUAAAAUAUCUGAACCUGGCAUCCCAGUCAGUGCUAGAGGGACUGAAUGCAUGCCUGGAUCAUCGUGGAGAGAUCUACAUCCCAGAACUCGGUCAGACAUUCCAUAUUCCCUCUUCUGGUGCAGCAUCCCGUAUUUUCGCCUGUCAGAACCCACUCCCUCAAGGUGGAGCACGCAAGGGUCUCCCACAGUCCUUCCUCAACAGAUUUACACAGGUGUACAUGGAGCCAUUGUCCCAUGCAGACCUCAAGUUCAUUGCAUGUGCCAUGUUUCCAUCAAUUGAUUCUUCUGUUGUGGAGAAACUGAUUGAAUUCAACAUGCGUAUUGCUUCCCAUUUCCCUGCCCAUGGGGAGUUCAACUUACGAGAUGUGUUCCGGUGGUGCCAGCUCAUUCUACACCAGGGUGGAAUUCAUCCUGGCUCCUUUGUUCCUCUUCUUUACCUUGCUCGAUUCCAGAACCAGAUGGCCAAGAAGGAAGUGUGCAGGAUCUACCAAGAAGUAUUUGAAACUGAUGAUGACAGGGAACUCCAGUUCUCAGGCCAAUUCUUGAUCUCACCCUACCUGGUUCAGAUCGGAUUGGGGACUAUGGAGAGAGGACAUGGGUCCUCCAAGGAAUUCCCACCUAAGCUGAGAAUCAUACAGUCUCAAAUGGAAAGCCUUCAGCACCUCCUUACUUGUGUUCACAUGAACUGGAUGCCCAUUCUGAUGGGAGGUAGUGGGAGUGGAAAGACAGCCUUGGUUCAGCUGACAGCUGCCUUGGCUGGCAAGAGACUCCGGUUCAUGGCCCUUACACCCAGCAUGGAUGCUACUGAACUCCUUGGUGGCUUUGAACAGGCUGACUUGAGCCUAUCCCUACAUGUAACAGUGGAGUCUCUGGAGGAGAAAGUCAAUGAAUAUUUGAGACAGGCAAUCCUGGGUGACUCCAGGUCCUCCAUGGAUCAAGUAAUGGAGAAAUGGGAGCAUCUUCAACACUUGCUCAGUGACACAGGGAGAUGGUCAGAGAAACGAGAAAAGAAAGAUGAAGUACAAGCAUUCGUGGAGAAGUGCAAUGCUGCCCUGGCCAUGUGUGAUUGUCUACCCAACUCCCAUCAUUCCCUCCGAUCCCAGAUACUAGCCAUACGUGACCAGGCCGCUCGAGAGGACUCAAUCAGUGGUGGGGGGCGCUUCUCCUGGGUUGACAGCAUCUUGGUUAAGGCUCUGGAAAGGGGAGAUUGGCUGCUCCUGGAUAAUGUGAACUUGUGCAGUCCUUCUCUCCUGGAUCGGCUCAAUGGACUUUUGGAGCCCCAGGGUUGUCUUACUCUAAAUGAAAAGGGACUUGAGAAAGAUGGCUCCCUCCGCAGCAUCUCUCCCCAUCCAGAUUUUCGAAUCUUCCUUACUCUAGACCCCAAAAAUGGAGAGAUCUCACGAGCAAUGCGGAAUCGAGGAGUGGAGAUAUGGCUACAAAACCCCAGUAUUGAGGAUGAAGACUUUUCUGUCUUGAUGGUGGACCAUGGACUGAGUAAUUCCUCCCAACAAGCUGUCCUCUUCUGGAUUGUGUCUCACAUUUCUGCACUUCUACCAAGUGAUGUGAGACCUUCCAUGAGAGAUUUGUUACAUGCAGCCACUCUCACCUUUGACCAGCUCGCACAUGGAAUUUCCUUCUCUGAUGCGCUGCAUUUCAGCUCCCAUUCAGUCUUCAUCGACAAUUUACCAGUGUCCGAAUGGCGGCAUCAGGCUGCCCACCUUGUUGAGGAAGCGAUUUCAUGUCAAUUUGAAGAUGAGACAUACUCUAUGAAGAACCCACAUUCCCUGGUGUCAUUGCGUGAGGCCAUCACAGAUCCAAAUCUGUGCCAAUCUCUUCACCUCCUCAGUGUUGUUGAGGAUUUUGCCAACACUCCUCACACAUCACGUGCUAUUCGACUUGUCCUCUCUCAGAGUUCACCCGCAUCCCUGUUCCUUCUCCAUUCCUUGAUCCUUGACAUAAUCCCAAGUGAACUGAGGGAUUUAGUAUCACAGCUGUGCCAGUCAUUGCACAUGCAUCAUAGCCAAACCAAUUGGAUUCCAUUUGAUGUCAGGUGGAAUAGCCUACUUCCUGUGGACCAUCAACAGACUGUAGAGGACAAGAAGGAACGGGGGAACCGUGUUCAGAUGUCAUUGAGCAUUGCAGAGUUCCUUACCCACCUGAACUGGAAGGAGAAGCUUGAAUUUCAGAAGCCAAAGAAAAAGAAAGAGAGGAAGAUUGAGAAGUGGAGCAUUUGGGACAUGGCUUUAACAUAUAAUGCAGGUCACACACCGGCUGAGGUCAUCACUCACAAGUCCCUCUUCCACCUCAUCCCAACUCUUUCUCAAUUGAUCCUGUCCUUGGAGCAUGUGUCACAGCAGCCAUUUCAAGAUUGCACAGAUGACAUUGCCAAUCAUCUGAGUCUGGGCCUGCACUGGUUGAGGCAUCUCAUUGAAUCUGCACAUAGGUCAUGUUCAGAGCAGGAUUCAUUAGAUGAAGCACUAAGCAUCCUUGCUCUUCACUGGUAUUGGGUGUCUAAGCAUCUUCUUCAAGAUCUCCAACUGCUUCUUGUCAAAUGGGAAAAGAGUGAACUUCGUCUAUGGCCAAUACAUGUGGUAGAUGCCCACAGAAGUAAUUACCAAAAGAAGCUGACAUUCCUGUCCUCACAACAGGGCUCCUUGCUUGUUCACCAAUUCAUUUCAUGCAAGGACAUUCAAGGACUAAAUCUUAUUAAAGAGGAAUGGAAGAAACUCAAUGAAGAGGAGAAUCAAGGAGAGGGGUAUUGCAUGUAUCAAUCCCAGUUGCUUCCCCUGGCAUGCCUACUGGUCUUGCGAAAUUGUCAAAAUUUCCCACGGAAAGACCUGAACCAGUGGUUUGAAUUUCUCAUGUUGGCAUUGACAUCUCCAGCAACUCAUCAGGCAAAUGCCUGGCUCAACUCCGAUCUCUGCACUCUUCCAGAUGAUCUGGUGAACCUUGGCAUGCAUUCUGGGAUCCUGACAUACAGCCUCUUACAAGUACUUGCAGGGUUACCAAAUAAUCCUAAAGAAGAAUUGCACACAGUAAUCCCUGUACCUCUUGGCCAAUCAGAGUUAAAGUUGAAGCAGGUCCAGGCGAUCUCUUACAGUCUCUGGGCUCACUCUGACCUCCUCUCUCAAAGCCCAUUGCUGCUGGAAUUGAACUGCCUGGAGAGGCGAAUGAGAUCUGUCCUUGCAGCUUAUUGUGAAGUCCAGGGAAUGGGAGAUGUGUGCUGUGAAGACCUAAGCAGUGCCCUCAGACACCUAUCUCAAGUACUUCCAGGAGAGGAGCUAAUUUGUCGACUGAGUCGGAAUAUGGAGGCACUGCAGGAGAGUCCAUCAUGGGAGGAGAUGGGGGGAGCCUGGGUUUGUUUGGGUGCCCUCCAGGUCCAGCUGAGCACAUGCCUCAGCCACAUUGACCCUGUUGAGAAGACACGCUUGAAGAAGUCAUAUCUCAUCAUCCAGUUGGAGAACCUGGAGGGAGAUCUCCUUGUACUCCAGCACCAAUGGAAGCACAGUCGUGGAGUACAACUUAAUAAUGUGCACCCACAACACAUGCAUCCCUAUGUCUCAUUCCUUCAUCGAAUGAUCAGCAGGCUCCAGACCCAGAUCCAGAAGUGUUCACAAGCUCUCCCUGUCCGCCCACUACCUUCUCGAUUUGCUGCAUUGAAGAAAGAUCUUCGUCAGUACACUGAGAGCAUUGGGAAAAGCAAAGUGCUCUUGUCUUUGUUGGAUGCUAUUCACCUGAAGCAAGUGGAUGGUGGGACACUUGCCAAAAGAUUGCAGGCUCAGGAAAAGGCAAUGCUGGCUUUCAUUGAAAAGCUGGAGGAGAAGUACCUGUGGUACCAGGAUCUUGUUCUAGUUCCUAUGGUUGCUAUAGCCGAGUGCAUCUAUGGCCUGAAACUCCUAUCACAUGUUGUGGCCGAGCAGCAGCUGGGAGACAACUUCUCCCAAUGCUCAUCCAAGGUUGCCUUCCAUCUGUUUGGAUCUUCAGAGGCAUUCCUGGACCUUAUCCCAACAAUGGACCAAUUAAUGAAUCGGCUGAACAUACUGGAAUGGAAGAGAGACCUUAUCAAGAUCCUGUGUUUGAAGGCAGAGCUGAAGCAUGAAUGUGUUACAAAGGCUAUUCAAGGCUCCAGACACGGAAAGCAAGGAUGGGAAACCCUGUUGGAUCUGGUGGUUGGAUUGUGGAAGGCCCAGGAAGAGCAACAGAUACGGGAAGAUGCUGAGAGGGAGGCAGCAUAUCUUUACAAGUGA